AAUUCUGCACUCAACCACUCUCAUACCUACCCAAGACCCCAGGGCCCUUCGCUGUAGCUGGCUCGAUUUCUGACAUUUGCAAUGUAUCAACAGUUCCCUGCUUCAUCAUCCAACGAUUAUGGCCAAAUGAUAAUGUCUGCACCCGCUGCAGGCCCUAGUACUGUAGCACCACAUGCAACUACUACAGCUCCACAACCAGUGACGCCAAAGCCGCAGCCGCUUGUGGCGACCGGUAAUUGGACGACUGAACUCGUCCAGCUUGCCAAGACUGCUGAACUCAAAAAACAUUCCCUGACACUGCAACUGCAUACCGCUAAUAUAGUUGCUGCCCAUAAUACCCUCGAACAAAAGGAUAAGACAAUUCAGGACAUCAAAGAACAAAAAAACCGAUUGGACAGCGAACGUGCACGAUUACUUAACGCACUCGCAGAGAUAAAUGCAGACCGUGACAAGGUGGAUCUCCUCGAAGCAUCCAUCACACGAGAAUGUGUGGAUCUAAGGCAACAAAUCCAAACCCUCCAAGAAGGUGAAUAUGCUAUCGCAAAAGCGGACGUUGAUCGCUUGCGGACCGAGCUCGGCCAGCCCCCGCUUCCCCCACUCCAAACUAAGCUUGAUGAGAAGACGUCUCAGUAUUUGCGUGAUCGUCGGGUAAAUGGGGAGAAACGGCCUGUAAGCGACAGUCAGCCAGAUCAACAACCUAGCACUACGAAACGCCCACGAGGUCGGCCUAAGGGUAGCAAAAACCGUGGUGGCAAAGCAGGUGGCAACGUACCUAGCGGAAGUACGAGUGCUAGCGGAAGUGCAGUGGCUGGUGGCACUGCAUGAUUGACCAGUGACAGGUGACAAUGGUCGCAGUUUGGUAUGUAAUUGCUUGGCAAGCGUGAAGGAAAGAAAAUCGUUUUGUGGGCCGCAAACCUACGAGCUUGUUUUGAGUUUUCUUCGCUUGAUUGAUGCGGGCUUUAGUGACUUGGGGGCUCGAUGCAGGGACAGCUAGGGACGGAUGGUGUGGGUUCUAUCAUAUGGAUUCCUGUGACUACAAGUUGUACUAUAUCACAUACAUGAUAAAUGACUUUAUUGAAC